ACAUGGCGAUUUUUGCCCCCAAAAUUGAUGUGUGCAAAUACGAAUCCUUAUCGUCUUGACCUAAUUUUUCAACAAAGAACAUGUUUUUGUCGCUUUCAACUCCAAAUUCUCGUCGAAGGAUCUUCGAUCAGAUAUUUAUUCGAUAAAAAGAAAAAGGAAAAAAAAAGGAAAAUGGGAAUACCUAAUUUUCUAGGGUAUGUGUGAGAAAUUGAAAGAGGAGCAGUGAAAAGUUUUGAUCUUUCUCACCGUAAGAUGCAGAUACUCUGUGAUGUGUGUGAGAACGCCGCCGCAACCGUGGUUUGCUGCGCCGGCGAGGCCGCAUUGUGCGCCGAGUGCGAUGUACAAGUGCACGGAGCGAACAAGCUUGCUCGCAAACACCAAAGGCUGCUUCUAGAAUGUCUUUCCGAUAAGCUUCCUCCUUGUGAUAUAUGCCAAAAAGUGGCUUUUGUUUUCUGCGUGGAGGACAGAGCACUGUUUUGCAAGGACUGUGAUAAGCUCAUUCAUUCAGCCAAUAGCCUUACCGCAAAACACCAGCGUUACUUAGCUACUGGAAUACGAGUUGCUUUGAGCUCUAGUUGUAAUGACGAAAGUUCGAGAGUCCAAAUUGAGCCAAAGCCUCCGAAAUCAAAUUCAACACUUACUUAUUUGAAAAUCGAGCCACAGAUUGCUUCGGGUGCUUCUUCACCUUCAUGGGCUGUCGACGAGUUUCUACAGUUUUCAGAUAACGAAUCCCCUGACAAGAAGGAGCAUCUUGAAUUUAGUGAGCUCGAGUGUUUGACAGACGCUAAUCUCAUCGGUCACGAGUCAACGGAAGUACCUCAACUAUCAGUGUCUCUUCAGCCAAGCAACUUAGACUUAAACAAGGCUACCAAAUUGUACACUGCCCACAAAAGGCCUAGAAUUGAUGAAACCCUAGAUAAUGAUGAAGAGCAUUUCACAGUUCCUAAUCUUGGUUGAAAUAAUCUUUGAUGAUUGAUGGCAACAAGAACAUGCAUUGUAAUUUGUAAUUUGUAAAUAGAAAAUGUUUCCGUGUAUUUAAGAAACAAGCAAUGCUGUAAUGCUAUUUUAUGAUUAG